AGGGAAAAAUCCUCGGUCUAGGGGCGCGGCUGUGAGAGGUAGGGGUGUAGGUGGCAUUCCGGGGCAGCAGAUUCAUGUCGCUAGCUUCAUCUUCCCUCCGAAAACCGUAAUCAGAUGAUUAUGGCGCUGCGUUGUUCCUUCGAGCUCCUAUCGCUGGCAAGUCUUGGGUCUCAAUUGCAAAACCACUGACCACAUUACUGCGCUAAGAUUUCAACCUGGAAUUGGCAGUCGCGUUUCACCCUAUCCGCCUUGUGGUAGGCGGCCAUGACUGCUUUUGAUUGGAGCGGAUGGAGUGCAACCCGAGACGGAGGGCGGCGGCGCGGCGCGGGCGGCGGCGACGGUGUGGACCUGAAAAGCUUAUUCUCCAACGACCGGUGGCGCGCUCAGAACCGCAUCCGCACGCGCGAUCUGUCGGAAGAGAUCUUCGGAAGAGGGAACAAACACUCAGCAGCUGUAGUCGUCAGGUCCCAUGAGCCACAGCACCUGACACAAUCAGCUGGCCCCAAGCUCCGACGUGGUGGUGGUGCAGAGGUUCCUGGCGCAUUCGCAGGCGACUAUGCUGCGGACGCAAGCUUUCUCCAUAUGGUCGGGGGUGCUUUCAACCAGGAUGCUUUUUUAGAUCAUGGCUUUGGUGCCGGAACGUCGCGUUCAAUUUUUGGCGGAAGUAGUCGUACGCUCGUGCGGGGACAUCGCGGCAUAUUAUCCAAUGUGGACGCGAUUCAACGCAAAUAUUUCUUCGUCUCUUCACAGCGAAACUUGGCAACGGGCGAACAACACGCUUCGCAACAAGGUGCUCGGACGAGGUUUGAGUCUGCCGCUGAUCGCUUUGACGCAGAAGUCUUCACAACACCUGGAAUUUUAGGCGUUAAGGAGGCUUUUCCUAUCGAGGAAUCGUUUAUCAAAUCACAGCAUGCAAAAGCGCCAGAUAGUAGCUCCGCCGACGAGUGGGAGUGCUUUCAUGAUGGCCAUAUCAAAGACAUAGUCGCUGAAAUGUUUGAGCGCCCACGUCAAGGUCUGAUGGAAUGGAGUGCUUUUGGCGAAGGUGAUCCACGCGGCCUCAAAGAUGGGCAUGACCAAAUAGGGGACACCGACACGACUCCAGCAUUUGACAGAGCCGUGCGUGCUGCAGGUACUCCCGCUUGUUGGGAAGACAGCGCAGAGCAUGCAGGAAACUCCUCGACAUUGAGUGCAGACCCUCGACGACCUCCUCCUGCGUCGGAACAAGGCAACAAAUUGGCAGCGUUUUUAACGAAAAAGCCGCCUCUUCCAUCAAAAAAGCGGC